ACCCUAUCUUAGCUUACCUAAGCUGGUGAAGUGAUACUAUAUAUAGGUGGAGCAAGGGUUGCGGCACAAAGUUAUACUACACGGCCGGCGCGGAGAGAUGACCGUGGACGCCGGUGGGAGGGUGAACAACGGAAGCCGGAAGAGGUCCAGGCACCGGCGAGCUAGGUGUGCCCCGCAACAUACUAAUAUUGAUAUUAACUACGAGAUCAAUAAGAAAGCAUCAGUCGUUGAUGCCGACGAGCUGCCGACAGAGAUGUCGAUGACGGCGCCCUUCUGCGCCUCCUCAUCUUCGUCCUCGGACCGAUCUCCGGAGAGCGACGUCGCGGCUGUGUUGAGGGAGGAGUUAUUGAGGGAGAGCAUGACCGAGUGUGCGGCGGCGCGUGCCGUUGUUAGCUCGCUCGGGUGCGUUUCGGUGAUUGGCAGGAGAAGGGAGAUGGAGGACGCGGUGAGGGUUGAAGUGGGGUUCGCGAUGGGGGCCUUGUUCGGGGACCUGUACGAUUUCUUCGGGGUCUACGACGGGCACGGCGGGGCCCACGUGGCGGGGGCGUGCAAGGAGCGGUUGCACGGGGUGGUGAAGGGGCGGGUGGAGGCGGCCGAGGGGCUGGUCGACUGGGGGGAGGUGAUGGCGGGGAGCUUUGUGGAGAUGGAUGCAGAUGUGGUGAAGACCGGGGGCGAGGCGGCCAGGACAGUGGGGUCCACCGCGGUCGUGGCAGUGAUCGGGGGAGACGUGGUGGUGGUUGCCAACUGCGGUGACUCGAGGGCGGUCAUGUGCCGGGGAGGCACCGCCAUCGCCUUGUCCGAGGAUCAUAAGCCUAACAGGCCCGAUGAGCUGAAGAGAAUUGAAGCUGCCGGUGGAAGGGUCAUCAAUUGGAAUGGUCACCGAAUCCUUGGAGUACUUGCCACUUCUCGAUCUAUCGGCGACCAAUACCUCAAGCCGUUUGUGACGCCAGACCCCGAGGUCAGAGUGAUGGAGCGCACUAGCACUGAUGAGUUCCUCAUACUGGCGACCGACGGGCUCUGGGAUGUGAUCUCAAAUGAGUAUGCCUGUCAGGUCGUGAAGAGGUGCCUCAAGGGCCGAAUUAGGAGGAGACAUGGCCAGGAUGCAGCCGAGGAGGACGAGGCAACCAGGGCUGCAGCCAUCCUAGUUGAGCUGGCAAUGGCCCGGGGCAGCAGGGAUAACAUCAGCGUGAUUGUGGUCGAGCUGAACAAACAACCCCGAAGAUUCUCAUAGUUAUAGCUGAAAUCCUUACUGGUGGACUCGCAACUGUACCUAACCUGGUCUGGUCAUGAAAUUUCAUUGGUCCACCAUUCAUCCCCGCCGUAGCGUUGGUGCAAGCCCCUACUACGGCCCGAAUAUCGGACCAUGGACUUUACAGGACGAUAUGGACACUUUGCAGGAGAUUGGAGUACAUGACAAAAUGAGCUCAAGGCUUUUUAACCUGGAUAUGAACGAAAUCAAAGAUUGCUUUUGGUACGUAUAUGUGCUGUAUCUUAUUCUUCGUCUUGCGAUGUAUCCUGUGAAGUGGUUCGAGGUUAAGGACAUUUUUCUGACAUGUACAUUAUUCGUCGUUGUACAUGUUCUUUCAAAAGCCACCUCGAUUGGCCUAAUAAUUAUCGUAAGUUGCACAUUUAGCAUCAUUUUGGAUGAGAGCCAUUGUAAUGGUGUUGAUUAUUAUCCACCAUGUAAGUUGUGAUUGUGACUCUUUCGAUCUAUGAUUCUCGAACAAAUUCAGUUUACCGGUUUACAAAAA